CGUCAACUUACGCGAUGCGUGAACUGCCAUCAUCUUUCAAUAGGCACAUAACGACGAGAUGCUACUAACGUCACCGACCAAUUUCACUACGCAGCUUCAAUAAUACAUCAUGGACGACGACUACGGUGCAGAUGACGAGCUCCUCGCCGCUAUGGCCGCAGCUGAUCCCACGCCUGCCGCACGAUCAAUUCAACAACCCAAGCCUACGAGAAUCCAGCAACCUACACCCCAACGUCUAGACAAAGCACCACCAGCUGCCUCCAGCGCGCGUAAGGUCGUUCAGCCAACACCGCAGGCUCUACCUCAGAAGCAGGCUGGCUCAAGUAUCCUGGUAUCUCCGCGCCAGCGAGGAAAUCCUGUUCUUACGAGCAUUCGAUCUAUGCCAUGGGAGUACAGCGAUAUCCCUGCUGACUAUGUCCUGGGAUUGGGUACUUGUGCUCUGUUCCUGAGUCUCAAGUACCAUCGUCUGCAUCCCGAAUACAUCUAUACACGAAUACGUAACCUUCAAGGCAAAUACAGCCUGCGCAUACUCCUCACAAUGGUCGAUAUCCCCAACCACGAAGCCUCCCUGAAAGAACUAUCAAAGACAUCACUUGUCAACAAUGUCACCCUAAUCCUCUGUUGGUCCGCCGCUGAAGCCGCACGCUAUAUCGAGUUAUACAAGAGCUACGAGAAUGCUACAUUUGGCGCGAUCCGUGGCCAGCAACCGUCCAGCUACGGCGAGAAGUUGGUAGAAUUCGUCACAGUGCCAAGAAGCCUGAACAAAUCAGAUGCGGUCGCCGUAGUGAGCAAUUUCGGCAGUUUGAAGAAUGCAAUCAACGCUGAUGCAGAACAACUCGGUAUGCUCAACGGAUGGGGAGGAGUCAAAGUCAAGAGGUGGCAGUCUGCAGUCGAAGAGCCAUUCAGAGUGAAGAAGGCUGCCAAGAGAGGCGCAAAGGCUUCAGAUCGAUCAGCAAGACUUGACCAGGCUUUGCCUCUUUCUCGUGUCCCUCUACGGGAUAUGCCCACCGCGGCAUCAUCUUCGCGACAAUCUCCCGCCACAGACACACCUGCUGCAGAAAAGGCAAAUGAGCCUGCAUCGAGGCAAUUCCAGUUUAUGGACAACACGGAUGAUGAAGACGAUGAAGAAGCCAUGCUUGCCGCUGCUAUCGAGGCUUCCAAGAAGACUGCACAGACAGAAGAGGCCACUCGUGCGAGCCAGACUGAUAAGGACGAGCAAAUCAGUGGCGGUAUUGCUGCUGCAUUGGCAAGACUGCGAGAGAAUGAUUGAACCAUUUUACUCUAAUCUGAUCCGAAUUCUUGUCGUCCUAGUAUCUGAUUCCCGAAACCCCAUAGAACGGCACCACACUAUACUCUACAGAACGCCAACGAACUGCAUACAGUUCAAUCACGCCAGAAAGGAACAUCGACUCUCAGAUCGCUCACGAUCGUCUGCUACCAAGGAGAUCUGAAUCGUCUAUCCGGACAAGGAGUCAUCAAUGGCAGCAUAGAAAUCUCUAGGCUGGGGAAUAUACUUUGACCAUUGGAGUGUGACUAUUCCAGGGCCAUUACGAGCAUCUGCUCAAGAGAUCAGACAACGAACAUCAGCUGGGUAAACAAUCUAAGGCCGCGUUGAGCCAUCUGAAUCAUGGAAAGAGGAGCUCUCGAUCUGCCAAAGUCUACCCUCUAUGUUUGAGUCCUAUAACAUAGAAGCGCCAAUAGAUAGCUCAUCCGGGAUCUAUGAUCAUGAAAGUUGGCAUUUAGUUAAACGAGGUCGCCACAAGAUAAAUGUACAAUAGGGCCGUGGGAACAUGAGAUAUCAUACAGCCUCACUCACCUUAACUUUCCGUACAUAUAUAUCAACCAAUUUAGACCUACUGUCAUUAUUGAGUUGUUCAUAGAGUCACUGUUAACAGCAUAUCAUUCACCACUUGAAAUACAUAUAUCACAUCUCAGGCGAACCUCGGAGCAACUUGUAUUAUUCAUUUUGGUCCAGAGCUGAGAAUAUCAUCCUUCUAGCUAUAAUUUCUCGUCGAUUGACUUCAGGUCGUAAAUAUGUACUUCGAGUCAUGCUCCAGUUGUUCCAUGCUUAGGCGCCUCCAUCACGCUUAGCAUACUCCUCCUCCAUGGCCUCGUCAUAAAUUCGAUCGGCCUCUUUCUCCUCUUCAGUCUUGGGCCUUGUCACGCCUGCGCCAGUGUUUGCGCCUGCACCGGUAGCAACGCCAGUGCUGUGAUUCUGUUCUUGUUGCGGGGUUUGAGGAGAAGUGGUUGUUGCGGGUUCUGAGAAAGCGGGGAGACCCAUGAUGUUUGAUUGUGAGGGCUUCGUGUUGUGUGAUAGGUCAGAAGAGAAAAACAGGGU